AUGGAUCUUACUGUUUCCAGUUACUGCGAAAAUCGUCUCUACAUUUUUCUUGGCUAUGGCAAUGGAAGCUUCAGAUUACCAACAACUCUCAUGACUCUUACAAAUCCAUUUAAUGUGGUUGUCGACGACUUCAAUGGAGACAGUCAUGCAGAUAUAGCUGUCGCUCAGAUUGGCAAUGGUAGUGUAGGUAUUUCACUUGGUCUUGGUGAUGGUACUUUUCGUUCACAAAAUUCGAUCGCAGUUGACUUCGGUAUGUCUUUGGUUUCUGUCGGAGAUUUUGAUGGUGAUCAAUUUCUUGAUUUGUUGGUGCCCAACAAUGUCGCCAAUACUGUUAGUGCUCUCCUUGGUUAUGGUGACGGCUAUUUCGCGUUGCCAAUAUCUUUUCCUGCAGCCAUGAGUCCAAUCACAGCCGUUGUAGCUGAUUUUAAUCACGAUAGUCUCUUAGACUUCGCUGCCACUAACUAUGGCAGUAAUAGUGUGAGCAUUUAUCUUGGCUAUGGCAAUGGUACUUUCCAAAUAUUAGUCUCGUAUCCCACCAUGAGCAAUCCUUGGGGACUGGCUGUGGAUGAUCUGAAUAGUGAUCAACAUAUGGAUCUAGUUGCAUCAAACUGUGCAAACGGUACGAUCAGUGUGCUACUUGGCAACGGGAAUGGCACGUUUCAAGCAGCGGUUCACUACACGGUUGGAAUCUGUUCGUAUGCCAUUGCAAUAGGUGACUUGAAUGGUGACACUUAUUUGGAUGUCAUUGCUGUUGGAAGCCUUGCUAAUUAUUUUACUGUAUUUCUGGGAGAUGGAACUGGAACCUUUUUCGGGCGGUGGUCUUUUGCUACAGAUUACAUUCCAACAUCGUUGGCUCUCUAUGAUUUCAACAAUGAUGUUCGACUUGAUGUCGUGAUUGUUCACGCCACGGGCACUGUAUCAGUAUUACUGAGCAAAUGUUAA